AUGCAGGACGCCUACCGUGCGGCCGGCUUGGCGCUGCGCGAUCGGCUGUUGGAGUCCUUGAACGACACCAACGCCUACUACCGCCAGCACGACGUGAAAAGGGGCUACUACUUGUCGGCCGAGUACCUCAUCGGCCGCCACAUGCAGAAUGCCAUUGCCAACUUGGACUUGGAGAAGUCGUUCAAGGACGCUUUCCUCGACCUGGGCAUCCAGCUGGAGGCAGAUCGAGAGCUCUUCGGGCAAGAGGCGGACCCGGCGCUGGGCAACGGGGGCCUGGGGCGCUUGGCCGCCUGCUUCCUGGACUCCAUGGCGACCCUGUCACUGCCAUGCUGGGGCUAUGGCAUCCGCUAUAGCUAUGGCAUGUUCAAGCAACACAUCGAGAAUGGUCGGCAAGUGGAGCAGCCAGACUUCUGGAUUGGAGACGGAUGCCCAUUCGAGAUCCCCCGGCCGGAUGUGGCGUACCCCGUGCGCUUCUAUGGAACAGUGGAGGAGGUGGAAGUGAACGGCAGGAAGAUCGGCAGGUGGGUGGGUGGCGAGAUUGUGCAAGCGGUGGCCUACGACAAUCCCAUCCCCGGAUUCGACACCUUCAACACCAACAACCUCCGCUUGUGGCGAGCCUGCCCCUCCAAGGAGUUCGACCUGGACCACUUCUCGGGGGGCUACUUCUCCGGGGCCAUCGAGGCCAGGCGCAAGGCGGAGGACUUGUCGGCGGUGCUCUACCCCAAUGACGCCACCUACGAAGGCAAAGAGCUGAGGCUGCGGCAGCAGUACUUCUUCGUGAGCGCGUCCAUGCAGGAUCUGUUGCGCGAGUUCAUCAAGCGCCCCAACUACAAGUGGGAUGAGCUGCCGGAGAAGGUGGCGGUGCAAAUGAACGACACCCAUCCCACCAUCGCGGUGGCUGAGAUGAUGCGACUGUUGGUGGACGUGCAGCAGUUGGAGUGGCACUACGCCUGGGAGCUCACAAGGAAGUGCUUGAACUACACCAACCACACCGUCAUGCCGGAGGCCCUCGAGAAGUGGCCCGUGGAGAUGAUGGAGCGCUUGCUGCCGCGGCACGUGCAAAUCAUCGGGGGCAUCAACUGGCACUGGAUCCAAGGCCUCCUACAGAAGUACGGAGACUCGCCCAUCAUCGCGCAGUUGAGCAUCUUUGAGGAGGGGGAGAUCAAGAAGAUCCGGAUGGGGCACCUGGCGAUCGUGGGCUCCAACAAGAUCAACGGCGUGGCGGCCAUCCACACGGAGAUCAUCAAGAAGGAGACCGGUCGUUACCAGCCUCGGGUGCGUUUGCCGCAGGAGACCUUCCCCGAGUUCUACAAGUGGUGCUGCGACAGCGGGGAGCCGGACAAGAUCGUGAACAUGACUAACGGGGUGACCCCUCGCCGCUGGAUCCACUGCGCGAAUCCUGCGCUCAGCGCGAUCUUCACCAAGUACUUGGGAUCCCAAAGCUGGCUCACUGACAUGACCUUGCUCAAGGGCAUGCUCAAGUACAAGGAGGACCCCAAGCUACACUCCGAGUGGCUGGCCAUGAAGUCGGGCUGCAAGGCGAAGCUGGCAGCCUGGCUCAAGGAGACCAUGGACCUGGACAUCGACCAGGACGCUUUGAUCGACAUCCAGAGCCUUGGCCGGGCACUUUGGGCGAGGGAUGGUUGGGUGACCAAGCUGCCCGGCGAGAGCCGGGAGACGAAGCAAGCCGCUUGCCUAGAUCCAGUGCAGUUCCAAGACGAGAAGCACCCGAUUUACACGCCGGAGUUCUCACUAGCCAGCAUGGAUGGAGCCAAGGUGGAAGCAGGUCUAGUUUGCGCCUGGUACGGGCCCGAAGGCCCGCUGAUCUCCAAUGAGGAGGUCCGGCAGCUCUGCGCACUUCACCCGGGCCGCUUCCUAGGAGUGGCCUCUGGAGACAUCCGCGACCCCGUGCGGUGCGUCGCGGGGAUUCGGCAGUACGUACUCCAGCAGGGCUUUGUGGCGGUGCGGAUCCUGCCGUGGCUUUGGGAGAGGUAUGCAGAUGACCGGCUCUUCUAUCCCAUCUAUGCAGCGUGUGUGGAGCUGGGGGUGCCUUUGUGCCUGCAGGUGGGGCACACGGGCCCCUUGCGGCCCAGCGACUCGGGUCGGCCCAUCCCCCACUUGGAGCGGGUGCUUUUGGACUUCCCGGAGCUCACAGUGGUGGGGGGCCACAUCGGCGCGCCCUGGCUGGAGGAGAUGCUCUUUCUGGCUGGCAAGUUCCCCAACUUCUACAUCGACACCUCAGCCUACGUGCCCGAGCGCUAUCCCGCUGCCCUAGUGGAGUACAUGCGCGGCCGCGGGGCCAAACGAGUGCUCUAUGGCUCCAACUACCCCAUGCUGCAGCAUCAACAGAUUUAUCAGCAACUGGACAAGCUCAAACUGAGCGACGAGACUUUGGCGCUGUUUUUGCGUGGCAACGCCCAGCGCGUCUUCAAGCUGCCGCAGAAGUCGCGGCUAUGCAAAGAAGGAGUCAUUGAGACGAUUUCCGGUGGCACAAAUGGGUGGCAGUUCCCACGACUCGGUGCCUCCAUGUUCCGGAUCAAGCGAAUCCACGAGUACAAGCGACAAUUGAUGAACAUUCUGUUUGUCAUCCACCGCUACCUCGAGCUCAAGAGCAAGUCCCCCAGCGAGCGCCAAUCCUACCAGAAGCGGGUGGUGCUGAUUGGCGGUAAGGCGGCGUCGGCCUACGUCAACGCAAAGAUCAUCAUCAAGCUCAUCAGCAACGUGUCGAAGGCAGCGGCCAGCGCCGUCAUCAACGCGGACCCGGACACUGCACCCUACCUGAAGUGUGCCUUCGUGCCCAACUACUGCGUCUCCGCGGCCCAGAUGAUGAUCCCGGCCUCCGACAUCUCGGAGCACAUCUCCACGGCCGGCACGGAAGCCAGCGGCACCUCCAACAUGAAGCUUCCUGGCGGGAUUGGGGAUGCAAUGCCCACUUCGGAUGAAGAAGGCUCUGUGGUCCGGGCACGGGGCACGGGGCCGUUUUUUUCCUUUUUUUUCUCGAUUUCCAAAAUGUGGGCCUCCGGCGAUGCCGCGGAGUUCCGGCGCCUCCUCGGUGCCGCGGGCUUGGAUCGAGAGGCAGAGAGGCAGCUCUUGAGCGCCUGGCGCCGCAACUCGCAGCUCUGCUGCCAGCUCUGCGCGCAAUGUUUGGCGGACGCCUCCGCGGCCCCGGCAGCCAGGCAGCUGGCUGCGGUGAUGCUGAAGAACCACUGGCGUGAGUGGGGACCCCGGGGCAAGUCCCACACAGGGGCAUGGAAGGGGCUCCGCCUGGAAAACUGCAGCAUCGCAGAUGGCCUCUUCAGAUUGCAGGUGGUGAAGGCUGAUCUACCUGGGAAAGAUGAGGGUCUGGUGCGCAUGCUGGUGGAAAUUUGGCCCAGGAGCACAGGUUUGGGGCCGCUGUGUGGAGAUCAGCUUGGUCCAAGCCUCGCGUCGAAGGAUUCAUCGGUGGAUUGUCGCAACAAAGUGUGGGAGAUCUCACGGCGCCAGGAGUCGAGGGCUCCGCCGCAGCUUCGUCCAAGUUUGCCUUGCGUUUGGAUCCGGAAUCGCGGGCGAUACUUGGCAGUGAGCCAAGGCGCUUUGCGCUUGCUGCCUCCGCAACUCCUAAACUCAUCAGAGGUGUCAUGCUGGGCCAUCGGACACGAGCAACGGGUCCAGCUGGACCUCACCAAAUCACCUGAAGCGUAUGCCUUUGGGGGCAACGGUGACACCACGCUCUGGAUCAUGGCCUCCCAGUCUUACGGGCACCUGGUGCAGCGCUUGUUCGACCGGAUCCAACGUGCCGGUGACCCGGUCCUGGUUUGCGUGUCAUGGGUCCCGGACAUGAAGAACACCCGACAAAAAGGCUUUGUGGUCAAGGGCUCUUUCGCAGAGUUCAACUCCCGCAAGUUCCUGAUCCUCCUGCAAGCUACCUUGGCCAUGGAGUUGUCCCGGACAGUGGCAAUCGUGAUGGACCUGGACGUGACGCUUUUCAGCGGCUGGGUGUCCACUCUUCGGCGCUGUGUCGGGGUUGGGUCCGCCGAUCUUUGCUUUACUCAGCGGCCUGGGUUUCAAGACGGGCGCCUGCAACAGGUGAACAGCGGCUUGAUCGCCAUGAACCCACAGGCCCUGCCCUUUGUACACGCCUGCGUCGCGCGAUCCCAGGCUCAUGAGGUUAUAGACCGCCACGCGGUGACGCAAGAAAGCGAAGCCCAUGCCGAGCAAUCGUUGCUGAACCAAGUGCUCCUUGAGAUUCGUGCAGGGGCGGAAGACGGCACCGCAUAUCAACCUGUGCAGUGGGGAGUGUACAACCCGCUGCAGGCACAUUCGGCAUUUUUUUCCAUGCAGACCUUGCUGUCGACGGUGGCGCAUCAUGUCACUUUUUCAGGGGCAAACCUUGCUGACAAGCUGCGAUACAUGUCCAACGUUGAGCUCUUAGUGGAUGACCUGGCGAUCUUUUGUCCGCGGUUUGUCCUGGGACCUUGGCCGGAUUUUUGCUUUCUGUACACGGCCGUUGACCCGCAUUUCGGGCCAGUCCUGCAGGACUUCAAGGUCCUUCAUGGCUACGCGGGCCGCGAUCUGCAGAAGCUGGUUGCCGCCUUGGAUCAUUCUGAGGCGCUUGCGGCCCACCCAGGGACGCACUAUCCACUGGUCGAUGUGUUCAACAAAGGCGAUACAAGGCCCUUCGGCGGAACUCCUCGUCCUAUCUCUGCAGUGUACUCUGGCAGGCUGGCCGCCUGGCCAGGGGAUACGGAUGCAUACUUCUUCCGCCAGGCCUGCCUCGCAGCCCUGGACCCCUCUGCCGGGGCCCGGGGCACCCCACGCCACGUGGCCCGCGCCGCGGCGGCGGCCGCGGCGGAGCUGGCGGCGCUGGGGCAGAGCCCGGAGCUGGCGCCCACGCUGCAGAGGAGACGGGGGAACUGA